AUGGACAAUUCUUCAGACGAUUACUUGCCCAGUCAUUCAUCAUCAGAUGUUGACUCCGACACAAGCUCAUUGCAAUUGAAACCCAGGAAGAAGAAAGCUAAAAGAUUAUCUAUCAAAUCGAAGAAAUCUAAUGAUGGUCUUCAGAUGAACAACCCAGUACUGACAUUAUCCACCAGUGACUUUGCAACAGCUGUAAAUUCCUCGAGGUCCAAUAUAAUUCAUCCUAGUAUAGAUAGUGAAACUGACGAUUCUUGGCAGGAAAUAAAUCCUAGAAAAAAGACUAAAAGAUCAAACAAUGUUGAAAUACUACGGUUAUCCUAGGGUGCAAUCAUCGCGAUCCGCAACCUUUUACUUCUAGAGAUGCAAACAUCAUACCAAAAGAACAACGUCAGUCCACUAUUGAUAAAGUCAUCGAUGAAGUUAUAGCUCAGUUUUGUCUUAUA